AUGGCGAUGACGCAUCAUCUCCUUCCCAAGCCGGCCUCCUUCCUCCUGGGGAGGUCAUCCCCUCCAAUUCCGCCUGCCCACUUCGUAUCUCCCCAUCUGAGCCCCCUCCAGAGGCCGAUCCACUCCCACAGGCCUGAUUUCUCUGCAAAUAUCAAGAAGAAGAACCCAUGGUUGGACCCGUUCGACGACGGCGCCGACCCGGAGAUGGAGUACGGCUCCCUCUUCGCCGACGGCAAGCAGGAGGAGGACCCCCGGCCGCCGGACGAUCCCAGCAAUCCUUACGGGUUCCUAAAGUUUCCGGCGGGGUACAACGUGGAGAUCGCUUCGCUAGGGCCGAAGGUAAGGGGGGACGUGCGGCGGUGCUGCUGCGUCGUCUCCGGCGGGGUCUACGAGAACCUCCUGUUCUUCCCGCUGAUCCAGCUGCUCAAGAACAGGUAUCCGGGGAUUCAGGUGGACGUGAUCGCCUCCUCGAGAGGGAAACAGACCUAUGAGCUCAAUAAGAAUGUCAGGUGGGCGAAUGUCUACGACCUAGAUGACGAUUUUCCCGAACCAGCGGAGUAUACAGACAUGGUCGGCGUCAUUAAGGUAGAUGAUUCGUCUUCCUCGGGAGGUCUAAUUUUCAGAGCACUGCUACUAGUACCAGGACUACAAUGCUUCCAUUAUCCUCUGCCCACUCUUUUCUUCCCACUCUCUAUUAGCCCUUUCUGGAGCUUCAAGAUUGGCGCUGUCCUUUUUUGAAUCAGAUUCCUUCCCAGUUCCUCGUCAACUUUUAGAAAAGAGCAUCAAUGAUGCUUUAACCUUAGUGGACGGAUUUUAUAGUCAUAUCUCGCAUCAUUUCAUGAGUGCUUCCAGAGAAAGAUUGAGGUUUUAAUGGUUGAUUUUCAAUAAGAAAGAAAACGUUCUGGUGGGGAAGCAGCCGGGUGAUUAUUCUCAUAAUCGGUGGAUCAGCGCCAAGUAUUUGAUGUUCUAUCUCUCCGUGGACAGAAUAGGUACUAUGAUAUGAUACUCUCGACGAAGCUUGCUGGGAUUGGGCAUGCGGCCUUCCUGUUCAUGUCAACAGCCCGCGACAGAGUCAGCUACAUCUACCCAAAUGUAAAUGCGGCAGGGGCCGGGCUGUUCUUAUCAGAGACCUUCACUCCUCCAACAACAAACCUCUCUGAGGGCGGAUACAAUAUGUACGUAAGAUGCCAUCUCUCUCUCUCUCUCUCUCUCUCUCUCUUUCUCUCUCUCUCUCUCUCUCAUUUACUUAUCUCCGAGUCUUAUGAGGCCACAAGCCGCUGCCAUUUUUUUCAUAUCAACAAAGCAAGCAUUGCCAUGGUGAAUCCACGAGUUUCAGCCAUCAACCUAGUUAUUUUCUCAUGUGUUAUCAGAGAUGAUUCAUUCCCAGCCAUCAAAGAAUGGUGUACUGAAAAAGGCCAACUUUGACUUCCCCAGUAAUCGGUGUGCUUCGGAUGUUCUCUAGAGCAGGUACCACCAGAUGGUUGACUGGCUAGGCAGGCCAGCCCGCAACGUCCCAAGAGAGCCCCUCCCCCCUUUCAGAGUUUCCAUCUCGAAGAAAAUCAAGGCCUUCGUGGAGGAGAAGUACCAGCAGGCGGGUGUUGAAAGAGGAAAGUUUGUGGUCAUCCACGGCAUCCAAUCCGACUCUGCAGCAUCAAUGCGGUCGAAGGGUGACGAAGAUAGCUUGCUACCGAUCCAAAUCUGGGCAGAAAUCGUGAAGGCACUGAGGUAAUGAGUAGAAUCAAAUUUUCGAAAACAAUUAAAAGUUAUUCUUAAAGGUGGGCUGUAUUCUAAUUUGAGUAAUCUUGCGCACUGAUGUUUCUUGGUGUUUUAAGUUAAUUUGAGUUUUUCCAGGAUUAUUUUGUAUAAUUAAUACAUGCAUUGAAUUGUGGAAAGCAGGGGGUUGAAGCCUGUCUUUGUCAUCCCACAUGAGAAGGAGAGGGAAGAUGUGAAGGAAGCUGUCGGAGAAGAUUCCAGCAUCGUGUUCAUCACCACACCAGGCCAGGUCCAUCCAAUGAAUAUCAUCUUCCUCAGAACUUUUUUCAAAAUAAUACCUUAGGCUAGAGAACCUUUCUAUUUAUUUUUACAUUUUUUCCAUGAUAAUAAAAAAUAAUAUUUUAGUAGAAAAUAUGGCGAAUAAUUUACUCAACCUCUCCUCUCGAAACCCAGCUUGCGGCUCUGAUCAAUGACUCAGCCGGAGUGAUCUGCACAAACACAGCUGCAGUUCAACUCGCCCAUGCCCGAGAUAAGACCAGGUUUGAUUUCUUGCCCACAUCCUUCAAAUCCUAGAAACUCAUCGAGCUCAUGGGCCUUGAUUUCUCUCUCUCUCUCUCUCUCUCUCUCUCUCUCUCUCUCACUCUCAUGCGGCCUCUCACUCACUCACUCUCACCCUCAUUGAUACGUGCACUUGGAGGGGUGGCUGGGGCCCAUUUUUCUGAACCUUCUUUCUUCGGGUCCCCUCUGGCUAACACUACAUCAGGUGAUGUAUUCUUAUCGGUUCUGUGAUCUUGCAGCGUGGCUUUGUUCUCUUCAGAUGAGAAGGGAAGACUGUUUGUUCCUGAUGCGGAGGAGAAGAGGUGCACUAUCAUGUCAUCCAAAUCGGGCAAAUUGAUUGACAUCGAUGUGGGGGUCAUCAAGGCCGCGGUGGGCAAGUUAUUUGUGGAAUCUUUAGUUCCUGUCUAG